GGUGUCAACGUCAUUUUUAGUCUUUCAUUGAAAGUGAUAAUUUUUACAAAGAUUUUAUUCUAUUUUGAUUUAAAGAUUUAAUUUCAUCCAUAUUUCAGAGUUUUAUCUAGAAGCUAGGAUGAGUAGCAGGGUCCCCUUGGAAACUCCAGUUGUUGCCAAGGAAAUACCGGAUGUUAUCACGGAUCCUAGCACUAAGAGAACUUAUGAGAGGGGAAAGUUUCUCGGAAAGGGUGGAUUCGCUAAAUGCUAUGAGCUGAAGGAUAAAGCUACAGGAGAGAUAGUAGCGGGGAAGAUAGUUCCAAAAUCAAUGCUCACUAAAGCUCACCAGAAAGAAAAGAUGGCUCAGGAAAUCCGACUGCACAAGAUUGUGAGACAUUCCUAUAUCGUGAAGCUUUUCUCAUAUUUUGAAGAUUCAAAUUUUGUAUAUGUGAUCUUGGAGCUGUGCAGAAAGAAAUCUUUGAUGGAACUCCACAAACGUCGACAAGCUAUCACCGAACCUGAAACCAGAUAUUUUAUGAGACAGAUGUUGUUGGGUUGUCAAUAUCUUCAUGAGAACAAGAUCAUUCAUCGUGAUCUGAAGCUCGGCAACGUGUUCCUAAAUGAUGAUCUGGAGAUUAAGAUCGGAGAUUUCGGUUUGGCAACUAAGGUGGAUUUUGAGGGAGAAAGGAAGAAAACACUGUGCGGAACACCUAACUACAUAGCUCCAGAGGUUCUAAGCAAGAAAGGACACAGCUACGAGGUAGAUGUUUGGUCCCUGGGGUGUAUUCUCUACACAUUACUAGUUGGGAAACCACCAUUCGAGACACAGUCCCUGAAGGAUACAUACAAUAGGAUAAAGAGAAACGAGUACCAUAUUCCGUCUAAGAUUGGUCCUCUAGCUAGAAACCUUAUUGCCAAACUACUCCAGAAUGAUCCCAUGAAGAGACCAUCUGUUACGGAGAUACUAAAGGAUGAUUUUAUGACUAUGGGAUACUUACCCUGCCGUCUACCACAGUCCUGCCUCUCCAUGGCGCCAAGGUUCGACAACAAGUUGAACGCCAGCUUGAUAGCCAGGAAGAACCCGCUCUCUGAGUACAACAGGAUAUCAGAAUCCUCUAGCAGUACAGGAGAGAAAAAGGACGGAGUUAAGGGAAGUGUGAGUGGACCCUCUGACUGUCAUCUAGGUGAACUCUUCGCUAUGCUCAGGAAGCUGGUUGAGAGUAAACCUGGAUCCAGGGUUCAAGCUCAGGAGGAGGAGGCAGAGGAUCCAAUGUCUCAACCGUUGGUCUGGGUGUCCAAAUGGGUCGAUUAUAGUGAUAAAUAUGGCUUUGGAUACAGUUUGAAUGAUGACAGUAUUGGAGUUGUUUUCAAUGAUUUGACCAAACUUCUUCUUCUGGCAGAUGGUCACAACAUUCACUACAUCGACUACGACGGUGGAGAGCAUUACCAUUCAUUGACCGAAUACCCUGAAACCAUUGAGAAGAAGGUGAAGCUGUUGAACUAUUUCAGGAACUAUAUGAAGGAACAUCUACUCAAGGCCGGGGCUAAUAUGGAGAUCCGUGAUGAAGAUGUUUUGUCUCGAAUUCCAUCUUUGAAAACCUGGUUCCGAACCUCCAGAGCUGUUGUGAUGCACCUCAGCAAUGGAACCAUUCAGAUCAACUUCUUCAAGGAUCACACAAAGAUAAUUCUGUGCCCCCUGCUUGGAGCUGUCACAUAUAUCGAUGAUACGAGGAGAAACCGAACCUUCAGAUUUGAUCUGUUGGAAAAGUACGGGUGUUCACAGGAUAUUGCUGCUAGAUUGAACUACGCUUACGAUAAGAUUGAUGCCAUGAUGAAGAGUAAAACCUCAACUGGUGCUCGGAAAAAAUAAGUGGUUUCCUGGUGGAAACUUGUCGAUUACGCUUAUUUUCCUGUCACAUAUACGCUUCAGGCAGUUUAUUCUUUAAGUUGAAUUUUAAGUCUGUUGCUUUUAGUCGAGUAACAUGGAUUUAUUCCAACAUUUAUACAUAAACUAGAUCAAGCUGUUCUCAACUUUGAAUUUCAGACUGAGUACCAAUACGCUUAAUUUUCAGUACCUUGGAUGUCUGUUGUAACUAAUACGCUUAAAUUCUAAAUGAAAAUAUUUUACCUCUGCGACUGAAAUAAUUAAUUAUUGAUGAUAUUGUUCCUCUUAGUGCCCUUUCUCUUUGCAACAAAGUGGUUGCUAAUCUUCCAUGUUGUCAUGUAUAUAUAAGUAUAUACAUGCCUUUCUUAAUCUGGACAGAUGUUCUUGGAAUUCUUUCGGGAUAAAGCUUUGAUCAUUUAAACUAUUUGAAACUACUUGCCAGCAGGGUUGAUACCGUAGACGGUUCGAAGGUCGGUUUUUAAACUUUGAUAUUUAUCUGAGGACAAAUAAAUAUUUUGCAACAACUUGUCAUUUAAUAACUGUCAAAGAUAAAAGAACUAAUAUCUUGAAGUGAUCUCAUAGUUUUUAUUUUUCUCGCUAUUUUCCAUUUUUUCAUAGAAGAUCAACUGAAAUUACGUUUCGCAACCUAUCUACCCCAUUUCUGUCAAUCUGUACAUUCAUUUUCAGUGGAGUAAUGGGGGUGGGGGCCUAAAAAGUGUUCUCUAUGACAGGGUCCAGCACUCAGUUAGCAUAAAAUUUUCAUGAAAAUACUUCACCUGUUUCAUAAAUAUCACAAUAACAUCUGACAAAGGUUCAGAAAUUUUAGAUAUCAAUGAAGAUCUUUUAAUAAAGUUGCUAAAUCUUAUGAAUUUUCAGAA